UCAAUAUCCCCACCCAAAGUGAUUAAUCAUAGGUCAGUUCGCGUAGCUCUCACACAGCCUCUGGCGCUGCGGCGUAUCCGGUGUCUGCAUUUGAAUGGUCGAGCGCUGAUGAACUUGACCAAAUGCAGACGGCUGUAGACUGUACUUAUGGGUCAUGACCCACACUAAAGCAGAGUUAUAUCACCCCGCUUGAUAUGCUCGUAUGGCAACGUCUAGUGUUGGAUGUAGCUGUAUUUCUUAUUGGUGCGGCAACAAAUUGGGCGAGACACUGGUCAAAGAUGAGAAACGUAGCUCUACCCUCGUGGGCUCCAGCAUUUCUGCAAAUGGUGGCUGCGUUGACUAGGAGUGUUCAACGAUGAGGAAGAAAGGAAGCAAACGUGGCCCGCGCCGAUCGUUGUUCACCGCUCAGCCUCCGAGCUGGUUGCCUGAUUAGGUUUAGUGCUAAUACCGACAAUUUGGCCCCUUCAUCAUGUUGAAAAACGGA